CAUUGGUUCCCACUGGGAACCCUUGGGUGUCAGACUGAGGAUAGGCGUGGCAGUGGGCUGGUCCAGGCGCACUGUGCGAUGAAAAACAUCAGGGUCCAUUGACUUGGAAUCAGCUGAGGCCCUGAAAUAGUCUGACAAAGGAGCCCUGGUGUCGCAACCCAAUACUGAUCUGUGAUCAAGCACAUCUGCUCGUUCUGAGGACGGCUGUGGGCUGUGGGUGUGCCGCACCCACACUGAAGACCCGGUCCCGAGGAUGCACUGAGGUCUCUCCACCCACACCUGGUUGUAAGACACCCACUAUAAAACAGUAGAAGAUGAGCACGUCCCCCACCCCCAAGGGCACCCCGGUGCAGCGCAGCCCCAGUGAUGGAGUCACUGAGAGCCUCCAGUCUCCUCAGCACUCCACGCCUGGCUCCGGACCACAGCAUAAGAAACGCAUCUCCAGCCUCCUUCAGAGUCCGUCAUUCAGGGAGGAGUUGGAUGUGAUGAUCCAGGAACAGAUGAAGAAGGGUGGCAGCUCAUCCAACCUCUGGGCUCUGAGACAGCUCGCUGAUUUCAUGGCUACACACGGCUCUCCAGCUGCUCUGCCAGUCUCCCCCUCCAACAUGAUGAUGGUGACACCCAUCAACGACCUGCAUGGGUGGGAGCCUGGCACCAUGGUGAAGGGGGAGAGGUUAAUGCGCUGCAAGCUGGCCAGCACCCAUCGCCUGUUCGACCUCUACGGCUGGGCCCAGAUCAGCCGCACCUGUCUCACUCUGCGCGUCAGUAAAGAACAGGAACACUUCCUGGUGCUUCCAGACGGCCUGGCCUACAGUGAGGUGACCGGAUCCAGUCUGGUAAAGGUAAACAUCCUGGGUGAGGUGGUGGAGAAGGGCAGCACCAACCUGGGCGUGGACCCAGAGAAGUUCAGCCUGCACUCAGCCAUCUACUCGGCCCGGCCAGAUGUUCGCUGUCUACUUCACCUCCACACACCGGCCACAGCUGCAGUUUCAGCUAUGAAGUGCGGCCUCCUGCCGCUCUCCCAUGAGGCUCUGCUGGUCGGUGACGUGGCCUACUAUGACUACAACGGAGUCAUGGAGGAGGAGGAGGACAGAGUGGAGCUGCAGAAGAGCUUGGGACCCACCUGUAAGGUUCUGGUGCUGAGAAAUCACGGCAUCGUGGCUCUUGGGGAGUCUGUGGAGGAGGCCUUCUACACCAUCUUCCACAUCCAGACUGCCUGCCAGAUCCAGGUGACAGCUUUGUGUAGUGCUGGUGGCGAACAGAACCUGAUUUUACUGGACCGGACCAACCAUAAACCGAACCCGGCCGGCACCGUGGGCUGGGCUGGCUCCACCUUUGGGCCCCUGCACAAGAGCCGCGUUGGGGAGCAUGAGUUUGAAGCCCUCAUGAGAACUCUGGACAAUCUGGGCUACCGUACCGGCUACACGUACCGUUUCCCUGUGCUGCUGGAGCGGUCGCGGAUGCGGAGGGAGGUGGAGGUGCCUGCGACCGCCACGGCCUUCCACCAGUUUGACGACGACGGAGUCCACCCGGCUCUGAGGCAGCACCCCUUUGCCCAGCGCCAGCAGCAGGAGAGGACCCGAUGGCUCAACACCCCCAACACCUACCAAAAAGUCAGCCAGGAGCAGGCCAGCCCUGGACACCAGCGCACCACUUGGUUGAAGACAGAAGAGGUGACACAAGCCGGCAGCACGUCCAUCAAGAUGGAGAACCCAAACCAGUUUGUGCCUCUUUUCACCAACCCUCAGGAGGUGAUUGAGACACGAAACAAGAUCCGACAGCAGAAUCGUCAGGACAUGAAGACGGCGGGACCACAGUCUCAAGUCCUGGCCAGCGUCAUUACGGAGGAGAGUCCUCCGUCUCCAGUCAGCCCACCCAAAAUCCCACUGGAACCAGAACCCCCCAACCCCUUCAACCAGCUGACGGACCAGGAGCUGGAGGAGUACCGCAAAGAGGUGCAGAGGAAACAGGAUGGAGGGACCGAUGAAGAGGCAAAGACCGACUCUCCAGCCAUACAGAACGGAGGCGAGGAGGAGAAGCAGACGACAGAAGAACUGGAGAAAGGCAUGAAGGCUCUAUCAACCAAUGACACCUCCUCCACCCCUGCUGCUCCACCCGCCAAACCACAAGGUGGCACCCCUGAGGGCUCACCCUCCAAGUCCCCGUCCAAGAAGAAAAAGAAGUUCAAGCCGCCGUCGUUCCUGAAAAAGAGCAAGAAGCAGAAGGAGAAAGCAGAGACCUGAGGCGUCCAGACACACCAGACCUCGGUGAAAUACUACUGUGAAAUACUUCUUAGUGUGUGGCGUUAUGAGUAGCAGAUGGACUUAACCACAUCAGAUCUAUUCAAACAGUCAAGAUGUCGUUCACAGACACAGUGUACUAAACUGACUUUCAAAUGCUCUACUGUAAACUGCUCCUCACUGAGUUGAUCUGUGUGGUUAUUCAUCUUCAGCAGGUUAAAAACACUGAUGAUUAUUUUCACAUACUAUUUGACCCAGGUCACAUACAGCCAAACUUUUUGACACACCAUCGCUUGUCUCACACACGCGCGCACACACAAACGCACACACACACACACAUACACACUGACACACUGACACACAGUCCGUGUAUUACUCACAUCUUAUUUUUCACCUGCUGUGCUACCAAACCAUUACUUAACUCCACUGUAUAGACAUGCAGACAUGUUUGUUUUCAAACUGGGAUUAGUCCUGUGAUCCUGUGCACUCACCGCUCAGAAUUUGUUUUUUUUGUUUAUUUCAAUCCCCACCUUUGCAAGACACGGUGGAAAUUUAAGUCCCCAUGGAUUAUGCAUCCCUUACCCUCCUAUAGGCACUUGACAUAUGUAUAUUGACAUUCUAGUAUGUUGCAUUUGUUCAUCAUCAUAGGCACCUUCUAGUCAUGAUUUGAUUCUAAUUAUCAGAUAAAUGUUGCAGGUAUACUAUGUGAGCACAGGUGCAGUAUGUGUAGGAAUAUACUGAUAGCUACUGACUGCGCUUUUCUGAAUGCUGGUUUUGUGUAAAAGCCUAUUGACGUUAUUUCAGCAGGGACAAACAUGGAGAAAGAGAGCAGGGGGAAAAUAUAAUGGCUCGCAACAAAACAUAAGCCGCUAUUAAUUCCACUAUUACCAAAAAAAAAAGGAUAAAGCAUAAAGAAAUUGUUGCUUGUCAAUGCAGUUUGAAACCCAGUAACAGAAGAUACUGAAGGUACUAAACAUUCCACUUUUCUCAUUUUCUUUUAAAUGUACGUGUGCAGAAUACCUCUUAACAGUUGUAAUUAUUUUCUGUUUAAACCAGUAGCUGUUAUCAAAAUGCUGAUGUGUGAUGUUUGCUCAUGGUUUUAAUUUAUUUUAUAUUAGAACGUAUAAGUGAGUAUUUCAAGGUUACCAUGUAUCAGUCAUUAAAGAUCAAGUUUGAUUUAAAACCA